CAGAUCCCAAUCUCGCUGGGCUUUUCGCCCCUCCCAAUCUCCCAUAGUAGCCACCUCGACGCAAACCCUAAUCCCAUCGUCUCCGCCUCUCCCUCUCCCUCCUCCCCGCCUCCAUGGAUCGCGACCGCUCCUCCCGCCGCCCCCGCGACGACGACGACCGCCACCACCGCUCCCGCGACGACCACCACCGCCGCCGCCACGACGCCGACGACGACCACCGCCGCCACAAGCGCGGCGGCGGCGGCGACGACGACGACGACCGCCGCCGCCGCCGCCACCACCGCGACGACGAGGAGGAGAGCCGCUCCCGCCGCCACGGCCACCAUCGCGACGGCGGGCGGCGGUCCCUCUCCCCGUCGGAGUCCCCCCCGCCGCCCGCCGCGAAGCGGGAGCGGUCGUCGAGCCGCGCUCCCAGGGACUCCGUGGAGCGCCGGGACUCGGCCGACCGAGAGGCACCGCCGCCUUCUUCGCGGAAGCGGAAGGGCCACGAGGGUGGUGGCAACGAGUCCGACCCGGAAGGGGGGAAGCGGGCGAGGGCUUCCGUGGAGCCGCCUCCGCCGAAGGAGGAGAGGCCGAGGCGGGAGCGACGGAGGUUUGAGGACGCCGAUGCGAAUGGGAAGCAUGGCGAUGAGAGGGGUAAGGGUGAUAAGGAUAACUCAAACCAUGGCGCUGUAAAUGGAGAUUCCCGGAGUGGUCUGGUGCCCAAUGCUGGUGCUCAGCAACCGCUCAAUGCUGCACCUGUUGUGGUGCCAUCAUCUGUUCCUAUGCCUUCAAAGGUAUCUUCGAUUACUACCACCAAUGAAAAUGAGGGAGUUAGUAUUAGAUCUGAUGAGGUUACUGGAAAAUCUAGUACAGAUGGAAGUACAAGUUCAGCCGCUGGCAAAAGUAGUAAUCUAUCUCUUGAUGCUUUAGCCAAAGCUAAAAAAGCAUUGCAACUGAAGAAGGAACUAUCAGAAAAACUCAAGAAGCUACCUGUGCUUAAUAAUAAACUUGGUGUUACUAGUACUGAUACACAAAUUCCUAAGAAAGAAACACAGCCUGUUUCUAGCUCUGGUGCAUCUGAAAUGGCUGUGGGUGCAGCUCUUACUGAGAAGAUGGCAGCUACAGCAGGUGCAGUUGGUAUUCCAGGCCUUGCUAACAUUCCCAAUUUGGAUGCUGUGAAGCGAGCACAGGAACUUGCUGCUAAGAUGGGAUUCAGACAGGAUCCACAAUUUGCGCCUCUCAUCAAUUUGUUUCCUGGUACAUCCUCUGAACUAACUGUGCCUCAAAAACCUGCGAAGGCACCUGUUCUCCGUCUUGAUGCUCAGGGUAGGGAAAUUGAUGAACAUGGGAAUGUUAUCAACAUGACCAAGCCAACCAAUUUGAGCACUCUAAAAGUUAACAUAAAUAAGCAAAAGAAGGAAGCUUUCCAAAUAAUCAAACCAGACUUGGAUUCCCUUGCAAAAUCAAGUGCACACUUUGAUGAAAGGAUGGGCAUCAACCAAAACAAGCUCCUCCGCCCUAGAAGGCCUGGAUUUCAGUUUAUUGAGGAGGGAAAACUUUCAAGGCAAGCUGAGCUGCAGAGAAUUAAGAAUCAAUUUGGUGAAGCACAAGCUAAAGAACUUAAAGUAAAACAAGCUCAACUUGCAAAGGCAAAGGCAGAAGUAGUCAUGAACCCGAACUUGAUUGAAGUUGCUCCUGGGAGGCCUCCAAAGCAAAAGCAGAAGGAAGAGAUUCCUGAAAUUGAGCCAUGGGAUGCAAAAAUUUUACCUUCUACAACAUACGACGAUUUCUCCAUGGAGAAGGUUAAUAUGGAAAAAAUCACUAUAUAUGUAGAGCAUCCAGAGCCACUGGAGCCACCAGCUGAGCCUGCACCACCACCGCCUCAGCCACUUAAGCUGACUAAGAAGGAGCAGAAGAAACUCAGAACACAAAGGCGCCUUGCUAAAGAGAAAGACAGGCAAGAAAUGAUCAGGCAAGGCCUCUUGGAGCCACCAAAGCCCAAGGUCAAGAUGAGCAAUCUUAUGAAAGUACUAGGAGCUGAAGCUACACAGGAUCCAACACGUAUGGAGUUGGAAAUACGGACUGCUGCUGCAGAGCGUGAGCAGGCUCAUGUAGAUCGCAACAUUGCUCGCAAGCUCACUCCAUCAGAGCGCCGUGAAAAGAAAGAGAGGAAGCUUUUUGAAGAUCCUAACACAUUGGAGACUAUAGUUUGUGUGUACAGAAUCAGAGACCUGUCACAUCCGCAGACACGUUUUAAGGUGGAUGUAAAUGCACAAGAGAACCGUCUUACUGGUGCUGCAGUCAUUGCGGAUGGGAUCAGUGUUGUUGUCGUUGAAGGAGGGAAGAAGUCAAUCAAAAGGUACAAUAAGCUGAUGCUGAACCGUAUUGACUGGGCUGCUGCGGUUGAUGAUGAUGAUGAUGCUGAUGAGGAAUCAGACAAGCCUGUGAAUAGCUGUGCAUUGGUCUGGCAGGGGAGUGUGGCAAAACCCUGCUUUACCAGGUUCAGUGUACACAAUUGCCGUAGUGAGGCUGCUGCCAAGAAGGUGUUUGCAGAUGCUUCAGUUCCACACUACUGGGACCUGGCUGUCAAUUUCUCAGAAGAUUCAUCUUGAGCUGAGCUUCUGUUCAGAACAUGGAGGCGCCUGCUGUUGAAACCCCUGCCUAGGGAUUACGAUGUUCAAUUCUCAUGCAGUAAGUGAUGAGUAGUAGCUAAUUUCUCACCGUGGGUAAGUGUCCUCUUCAAGUUACGUACAAGCCUUAUUACUUGCUCUGGAAGCAUUUGUGGACUGAGUAAUACUUCGUACUGUCAUGAACAUACCCUUGUAAGGGACUGCUGAUCUUUUCGUUGCGGGAUUUACUCAUGUGAGCUAGAAACUGAAUGCAUGGAGGAACUGUUGAAAUUUUUGCAGUAUAAGCUUCCAACUAUAUCUGGACUGCUCAGGCCUUGAAUAUUGUUAUGGGAAUUGUGUUAAUGAAAGUAUGUAUGCAUUUUCGUAGGGUUGCAGUGCUCUUGAGACGGAUUUCAUAUUUUCAUUUCAAUCCAACAAUAUUUGACCGA